AUGAUGUCUGGUGAAAUCGUCUACUCCGAUGUUACAUUCACACGGCAUCAGAACCAAGAUGCUGGAGCAGAAAGUGGAGUUUCUAAAGUUGAGUCUCUCCUCCUCUUUAUUUUCUCAUUUAUAUCGUUUUAUUAGUUUUCAAACAUACGUUUACAAUACAACAUUUCAUCACCUUGGGGGGCGAGGGUUGAAAUGUCAUAAUUCAACAAGGAGUUAGUAACAGAAGAAGGCUGUAUAUACUGUUAUUCAUUAACUGGUUAUAGUUAUAGUGAUGAUGUUUUACUGUAUGGUUGUUUCACAAAUAAUAACUGUGUAAACCCAGGGGCUAUAGGGAAAAUAAGGCAUAUUUUGGUUGGGAUCAAUAUGAGCAUUUCUGAAGUGUGUUUGUAACAGUACUUGAGGAUAAAUAUGAAUUAGUACUAUAUGUUUAACAUCUGGUAUUGUAUGAGACACUAGGCAUUUCUUUUAGAAUGUACUAUAGCAUAAUUAUGUAUAGUGAAAUGUUUUAGUUUUAUUAAUGACUUCCAGACAUGUCCAUUUCCUUUUGAAUAUAUUCCAUAGGGCCUCAACAAUGGUUCUCCAUAUAGAGUCCUGUUUUGAAGGAUAUGUACAGUUUUAGUGCAAUCUAAAGGGCAUGAGAAGAUGACAGUUCCAUGUAAAGUAGUUGUUAUUCGUCACACUCUGGACAUGUCUGUUGGAUUUCACACUGUGAACCAACUUCCAGACAGACAUACAGACAGAAAGACAGACAGACAGCAUCAACCUGUAACAUUUGGUUCAUGGCCAAAAGUGUUUCCUCAUUUUUCUUGACAAUAAGUUAGCUUUUCUUCAGAUAUGCUGAAUUAGAAUAUUAGAUUGGUUAGUUACCCUAACAGUUAAUAAAAUGGUUUGCAUGUUGGACCUUCCAGUCAAGGGACUCUAACCUAGUAGAGCUCAAAGGAAAGAAUAUUGAGAUAGUGGAUUGUAAGAGAGGAACUAGAAUGGGACAUUUCUAAUAGAAUGUUGAGAUAGUGGAUCGUGAGAGAGAGGAACUAGAAUGGGACAUUUCUAAUAGGUGGUAAUCACCAUGUUGGUUUUAGUGAAAUCAUGUAAUCACGCAAUAGAGACUGUUACGAACCCCGUGGCUUUAAACGUCUAGGGUGGAUGGAGAAGAGACCCGUAACAUAAAUCAUGCAAAUUAGAAUCGUGACAUGGAACAGGGAGAACAAAAACUACACGACAACCAUAAACUACCGUCAAACAUAAAAUGUUUAUUUGUGAACACACGGUAAAUGUUGGGAAAAAGGGCUGAGCAGGACCCAAGAAAUGAAACAAUAGUGUAAAACACUCCUAAACUGAUCUUGCCUGCCGCAAUAACCGCUAAACUACUGCCAAUCAUACAAAAAUACAGUGGGUGGUCCGCUCAGGUCUAACUAGUGUUUAUAGACAGUUUUCUUCCUACGGGUAAUGUACGCCCAAGGGCAACUUGCUUAAACUCCCCUUUUCCCAGAAACACACAAAGUUACCAAACAGAGUAAUCAGCAAAUGAGUGAGUACACAAAACACAGGAUACCACAGUAUCCAUACUCACAUACGGAAAUCGUCUCGCUAACAACAAACACAACUGACCGGCUUUUAAACAAUGGGAUGUGUGAUUGAAAAACCAGCAACAGUGGUGCAAUGCAGAGGAAUGUUCACUGAUUGGUCCACCUUAGCAAUCAGCAGACACCUCAACGACCACCAAUCAGGAACAUACAGGACACCUGUGAUUAGGGCAGAAGGAGAGGAAAAACACAAAAAGACACAGGAUACCUGUAUCCGUAACAGAGACAAAAGAAGGAACUCCAUCUCUUACUUCAUCUUACUGUAGCCAUAGGAACAGUGGAAGGUGAUGAGGAUGUCACAUACUCUGAGGUCAGAAGACCAGGAGGUAGAGCUAGAGAGUAGGAGGAUCCUGGGGAAGGUGAGGUGUGUGUGUGUUACAGUUAGCUAAGGGUUACAUUAAGUACCCCUUAUUUAACCUUAUGACCUUAUAACCUCUGACCCCCACUCCUUUUCCAGGAAGUCAACCUGGCACUAGUGACCCCUCUCCCUCAGUAGGGUCAAAGGCUGCAAUCCCUGAGGGAGGGUCUAGGAGUGUUCCCGUGGUGACCCUAGUGUGUGUCUGUGUUCUACUGCUGGGCCUGGCUAUCACUCUGGGAGUCCUCUGUGAGUAUAGAACCAUUUUACUGAACCCUGACCCUUUUACAAUACUGAACCCUUUUACACUACUGAACCCUUUUACACUACAUAUCCACCAUAGUUGCUGGCCUGGAACUCUGCUGAAAAGGACAAUGUGCAGAGAAAAUAUCCAAGCCAGCCCAGACCAGAAACAGAAGAGAAAAACAACUACCCUCCAUCUUGUAUCCUUGUCUCUGUUCCAGAUGCUUCCAACAUGACUAGUCUUCAUGCUGAGGAAGCUCGCUUUAACCAGAUUAAAGAGAAUCUAACAGGUGAGAAUAUCAAUGAUCAAGAGCUCUUUACCAUUAUAAACUUAUAUACAUUUGGAGAGAAUCCUUCAUAUAAAUCAUUAAUUGGCCCAGCUUCGUCCGGGUUAGGGGAGGGUUUGACCGGCCGGAUCGUCCUUGUCCCAUCGCGCUCCAGUGACUCCUGUGGCGGGCCCGGCGCAUGUACGCUGACACGGUCGCCAGGUGUACAGUGUUUCCUCCGACACAUUGGUGUGGCUGGCUUCCGGGUUAAGCAUGCAUUGUGUCAAGAAGCAGUGCGGCUUGGUGGGGCUGGCCUGUCAGGACUUCCUGACAGGCCGGCCCCAGGUGGUGAGGGUAGGCAACAACACCUCCACCACGCUGACCCUCAACACGGGGGCCCCUCAGGGGUGUGUGCUUAGUCCCCUCCUGUACUCCCUGUUCACCCACGACUGACCCACAUUCACAUACACUACAUACACACACACACAAACAUAACACACACACGCAGACCGACAAAGCACAAACACACAUACAUACACAUUACACACACACACUUUUUAUACUCAUAAUUUGCUGCUGCUGCUACUCUGUUCUUUAUUUUACUCUUAUUAUUAUCUAUCCUGAUGCCUAGUCACUUUACCCUGCCUUCAUGUACAUAUCUACCUCAAAUACCUCAGCAUAUUAAUCUGAUACUCGUACUCCCUGUAUAUAGCUCCAUUCUUUUGUAUUUUAUUUUAUUCCUCUUGUGUUACUAUUUUGUUUUUAUUUUAAACUCUGCAUUUUAGGGAAGGGCUCAUAAGCAAGAAUUUCACGGUAAACUCUACACCAGUUGUAUUCGGCGCAUGUGACAAAUAACACUUGAUUUGAUUUGACAUACUAAUGUAAAGGGGAAGUUGAACCCAAUUUAACUCAAACUUCUCAUUUCAAUACAAAGUUCCAUGUUAUCAAGAUUAGGAUUACAUUUACACUGCAGUAGUAUUGCUUCCCCAAAACAUGUUUGGAUAUUGUAUAUGCUACCAUUGUACUCUAUAUGACAAAGGACAUGGGAUUUUCUUGACCAGGGAAAAGUCCUGGCCCUAAUGGAAAUUUUGUCAUAUGAGUGUGGUGAAGUGCAUUGGAAAGUAAUUUUAUACUUCAAAUGUUUUGUUUGCCAACUACAUACCUUUUGUAUUAUGGCCUUAAUUCAACAGAACUACACUGUAUUCUAAUUUGAUGUAAAUCUCUUCUGUUCUUAGUCCAGAAAGAGUUGUUAUCCUCAGGGCUUCAAGACUGUAAGGCCAACCUGACUAGGGUCAAAGAUCUCCUGCCAACCAUCCAAGGUCAGUUCAAUCCUCCCUAUGUACUGUGGUUGUGACUAGAUGGAUUACAGCUACAAAUGAGAUUUACCAUACAAAUAAGAAUGGAAUCAUGGAUAAUUCUUAUACCUAUGGAUUUACCAUUUAACUACUGCGAGAGUUUGGACUUAAGUUUUGAAGCCAGAUAACGACUCAGAGUUGGAUAUAACUUUUUGUUGCUAUGGCGAUAGAUAGCUAGAUGCUAGCUAGAGGUAGGGCAGCAAUGUGCAGAUAGUGUAACACUCUGGCUCCGGGACUUUUGGAUUUGAGCCAGGGUGUAUUUGUUUUGUUGGGUAUUUGUUGUGGGGUUGGUUGUAAGGGUGUAUUCGGUUGGUUGUGUUUUGGGUGUAUUUCUAUGUUGGUAGUUCUGUUGUGUGUAUUUCUAGGUUUGGUCAUUGACUCCCAAUCGGAAGGUAACGAGUGUCAGCUGUCGGCUCGUUAUCUCUGAUUGGGAGCCAUAUUUAUUCUGUAUGUUUUCUUGUGGGAAUUGUGGGUUUUUGUUCCAUGUUUCUGUCAGUGUUACAGAGGACUUCACUAUCGUCAUUUGUUGUUUUUCGUGGUUGCUUUAUUAAAUAAAGUCAUCAUGUUCACUCCACGCGCUGCGUAUUGGUCCGCUUCUUCAGACGAUCGUGACAGAAAAACCCCACCAUCAAAGGACCAAGCAGCGUGUCAAGCGGCAACAGGACCCAGCUCCAAAGGCUUCCUGGACAUGGGAGGAGAUUUUGGACGGAAAGGGGUCCUGGACUUGGGAGGAGAUCCUGGAUGGGAUGGAUCGCCGUCCAUGGAGCGAGACGGUGGAGAGGCGACGGCGAGAGGAGCAACGGCGUCAGCAGGAUCAUCGUUGGAAGGACGAGAGGGCAACCCCAAAAAGUUUUUUGGGGGGGGCACAUGGCUUGGACGACGGGCUACGGAGGCAGAGAAGGGGGCGAAUUCCAAGAGGCCACCAGGUUACGGGGGUCAACUGGCCAAAGUAGGGAAAGGAGAUGUAGGGGCACGGCGGAGUGGUACUGGGGUGUAUUACCAGUCCGGGUCCGGCCCUUUCCAGUUCCCGGGGUAGAGCCAGUGGUGUGUGCCUCCAGUACGGUCCGGCCUGUUACGACCCUCGCACCAAGGAUACGGUGGGGCUUCCCCCACCCGGCCCGGCCUGUUCCGGCCACUUGCACCAGGGGUCGGUUUCGCUCGCCAGCCCGGCCCCGGGCCGUUCCCCGGGCCCCUUCCAAAACCCGGGUUUUCUUUCCUUCCCCGCCCCGCCCCCGGCCCUUUUCCGGGCCCCCCCCACCAGGGGGCUUUUUCUUUUUUCCCCCCCACCCCCCUUUUUUCCGGCCCCCUCGCACCAGGAUACGGGGCGCGUCGGGCCCCCCCUUUCCCACCGUGCCCCCCCAACCCCCCCAAGCCUCCCGUUUGGGGCUCCCGAUUCCCCUUUUGGGCCCUUUUUGCUGCUCUCCGCAUAGGCUUUUAAAGUGAGUCCCCGGGUUUCCCGCAUGCCCCGUUCCCGGGUCUCCCCUAAACCCUUAGUGCGGCCCAAAAGGGGCCAGCUACCCUGUUGCUUCCCCCCGCCCUAGCCCUGGAUGCUUUUUCCCCCACCCCGGGGCCCGGAUCCAUUCCGGAAACCACGCAUCAGGCCUACGGUGCCCCCGGGGGUCCAGAAACCCCGGGUUGUUCUUCCCCGACUGCCCUGAGAUGCGUGCCCUCGGGCCCCCGGUUUAACCCUUUUGUUCCGGCCCCCAAACGCACCGGGCCCUACGAUGGCCUCAAAAAGGGCCAGAGCCCUGCCGUCUGCCCAAGGGGGCCUAAACUUUUCCGUCUCCCCAAAGGGGGCCCUUAAAACGCCCGUCUCCCCAAACCGCCGUCUAAACUGCCCGUCGGGCCCCAACGCCGUCUAACGUCCUUCUGCCAAGGCCGCGGAAAACUGCCCGUCUUUACUGAGCCUGAAAACCCGCCCGUUGCCAUGAGCCUUCAGACCUUUCCCCAGCCCGGGAAAGCCGUAGAGCCCCCGCCAGACGGGAGCCCCCAGACCCUUUUCCGAAGACAAAUCGCCAACCCUUCCCCCAGCCCGGUUUCAGCCGGGCCCCUUUUCCGCCGGGACAGGAGCCCCAGACCCUUCCGCCAGACAGGAUCACCCCAGACCCUUCCGCCGACAGGACAGCCGGGGCCCUUUCCCGCCAGACGGGAAAUCAGCCAGAGCCUUCCCCCGGGACAGGUCCCCAACCCUUUUCCCCAAGAAAGAUCACCCGGGGGCCUUCCCCCAAAGAAAGGAUAACCAAAGGCUUCCGCCAGCCAGGACCCCCGCCAAGCCGCCAGCCGGGAAACCCCCAGAGCCGCCCCACCCGGGGGAUCCCCAGACCGUCCAGCCGGGACCCGCCAGAGCCUUCCACCGGGAUCACCAACCCUUCCCCCAGCCAGGACCGCCAAAAACCUCCGCCAGGACCGCCAAAAGGCCGUCCAGCCAGGAUCCCCCCAGACCCGCUGGGUCAGGUACUGUCCCUUUUUCCGGGUUGCCCCCUUAGCCCGGUGUUUGCCCCUUAGUCCGGUGCCCCCCUAACCCCGGGGGGGGUUUUAAAUUUGGGGGGUGGCCCAUGUGGAGGGGGCCCUGGGGAAAGGGGGUGGUGAAAAGGGUGGGGUGGGGACCAGGGAACCGGGGCCCAAAACGCCCCCGGGGACAAAACCCCCACCCGACCCCCCCGAGCCCUGUAUGUGGUGGGGGGGGAAGUGCGCACCUUUAGGGGGGGGUAAUGUAACACCUGGUUUGGGGGAAAAUUUUGGGGGUUUGAGCCAGGGUGUAUUUUUUUGGGUUGGGUAUUUGGUUGGGGUUUUGGUUGAAAGGGUUUUUUUCGGUUUGGGGUUGGGUUUUUUGGGUUUAUUUCUAGGGUUGGGAUUUGGUUGUGUGUAUUUUUAGGUUUGGUCUUGCCCCCCCAAUCGGAGGUAACGGUGCAGCGGUCGGCUCGUUAUCUCUGAUUGGGCGCCAUAUUUUUUUGUAUUUUUUUUGUGUGGGGAAAUUGGGGGUUUUUUUUUCCUUUGUUUCUGUAAAGUUUUACAGGGGAAUUAAAUACGUAAUUUGUUUUUUUUCGUGGUUCCCUUUUUUAAAUAAAGUCAUAAUGUUCAUCCACGCGCGCUUUAUUGGUCCGUUUUCUUCAGACAAAUCGUGACAGAAAAACCCCUGGUGGUCAAUAGUCAGAGUUUCAAUUUGAAAAUACCACAUUUAGGGUGCAUUGGAAUUUUGCGGGCAAAUUGGCUUGGUUAUAUUUUAUCUCUGCACUGGCAAUUUUUUUGAAAAGUUUUAAAUUUAUUUCCCCCCCUUUCCCCCGGAAAAGUGGCAAGCGCGAUUUUCAUGAUGGUGGAUUUAUGAUUUUAAAAGCUUAUACACUGUUUGUUUUUUCCCCUAAUUUUAUUUAAACUGCAUUGUGGAAACAGUGUCAAAAGCAUUUUCAAAACAACUUCCUUUAUUUUUUCAAAAAAAAUAAAAAAAAUGGGGGGCCCGUGAAAAUUUUCAUUUUUAUUUUGGGAAAAACCCAAAAUGAUAUCCACUCCGACCCCUCCCUCCCGGCUUCCAAAAGCAGUCCAAACUCUCGCAGUGCCCAAAGGUUUUUUCUCGUCCGUUUGCGUCCCCCAAUUUGUCACAAACCCCCUUCCUAAAACCAGGGGGGUUUUUAAGUUUCCCCGCGGCCAGUUUAGCCCGCAAACGGGUUUAAUUCCCGGCCCCUGAGAUGAUUAAAAAAAAAAAAAAAAAAAAAAAACAUCUUUCUUUUUUAAGUAUAAAAAAGCCCUGGGAAAAUUUUUUUAAUAAAAAAACUUUUCCAAUUGUGAAAGGAUGGAGGGGCCCCAAUUUGCAAAUUUUGGGUUAGCAAGCAAAACGUUUAUAACCGGGGCCCGAGCAAGUAGGGCAAAGCACGUGCAGCCAAUGAGUACUUUGUUUUUCCCGCGGGUAUUUAUUUCGGCUUUCUUUUAACAUUAUGUGCUUUGGCAAACCCCCAUUUCCCCCAAAUGUUUUUGCAAAAAAAGGGGAAGGGGGACGCCGAAAUGGGAAGGUGUUUUCCCAAAAAAAAAUGGUAUCCUAUUUUAAACACGGGAAUUUAAAGGGAAAGCGGGAAAAGUUUGGUGUGUUAGGGCAUGUUCAGUUUCUGAAAGAAUAUAAACCCUUUGCGCCACUUUGAAAUCUUCAUGGGGGGACCAAAAAUGACAACUUUUUCCAAAGGGCAGCGGGGAUGAAGAAGGGGAAUGAAAUGGUUUACGGGUCUGGGGAAAAAAAACAGCAGUCUUUUUUUACUCACAGGCCCGGGCAUCCGUGACCUUUUAGUGAAAGCUAGCUAAACCCCAUUUUCCCAUGGGAAAACGCAGUGGUUUUUUAAAAACCCUUUAGUGAGGGUUUAAAUUUUUUAAAAAAAAGCAUGAUGAAGGCCCCGGGAAUUUUUUUGGGGCCCGGAAAACGGGGAGGCUUUUGCAAAUAUAGCCUGACAAGAAACACGUUGGGAGACAGGAUUUUUCCCAUCUUUUAGUGGAUUUGGACCCGCCAAAAUUGAAACAAAAAAAUAAAGUCAUUUUUUGCCCUUUUCGGUUUAAUUUAGGGAAAACAAGAUUUACUUUUUUUCAAUUCAAAAAUCCGAGCGGUCUGCAGGAAGCCCCCCCUCUUCCUCUCCGCUCCCCCGUCUUUACAGAUUCACACACAUCCCCCGCUCAAAGCCCCCCCCCCGCUUUGA